AUGCCAGAAACGGAUGAGCCGCAGCCACCCAAGGAAGUGGCAUCAGAGCCCAUUCCCGCCCAAGCCACGGAAGUAACAGACGACGAAUAUCACGAACUUUCAGAAGACUACCUGAAUGCUGUCUAUGAAAAGGCGGAGGAGCUCGCGGAGUCGCGGGAGGAUGUCGAAGUGGAUUACAGCGCCGGUGUGCUCACCAUCAGCUGCCCGCCAAAUGGAACCUAUGUCAUCAACAAACAACCGCCGAACAAACAAAUAUGGCUGUCAUCGCCAGUCUCCGGCCCAAAGCGGUACGACUACGUGCUUGAAGGAGAGGGCCAAAAUGAGAAGGAAGGCGGAGGCACGGGCGAGUGGAUUUAUCUUCGCGACGGGACUAACAUGACGGAAUUGCUGACAAAAGAGCUGGGACUGGUAAUCGUCUCGCACGAGGCGGAAAUGAAGCAAAGUGUGGACCCGAAGGAAUGA